CCCCACCAACACCGUGCAGAGGGGCCCGGCUAGGCAGCAGCUCGUUUACCGGCCUUUAAUCUGAGGAGGGCUCUGACAGCAGCUAGACAGAUGGCUCCGUUCUCAUACUCGUAGUGAAUGCAAAGGAGGUGAAAGGACAAAGGGGCGGGGGAGUGACCCACCCCAUUCCUGGCUAGACUAACUGCUCCCCACAUCAGAUCCGCUUUUGAAGGAUCGCCACCCCCACAUUCCCUCCUGUGGGACCAGUCCCUCAUCCUCUUCCUCAGGGUCAACCCCCACCCCCGCCGCCAGACAUCUCCUUCUAGGGGAUCCUCUCCCUGUCCACCGCCACCCCCUGAAACAUCAGCUCCCCCCACACACACACACACAGGUCUGAGGGAUCAACCUCCCCUCUUCCCUCAUCCACCCCCUUCUGUUGCAAUGCUGCUCAGCCCAGCUGUCAGUCUGUCUGGGAGCUCCCCUGAGUGGCUGUGGGCAGCCCAUUGCCUGGGCUUGGUCUCCGCCCUCCCUCUCUAUCUCAGCUGGUCCUAGCGUUCCAGUUGCUCAGGAAUGUGGAGAGCUGGGUUCCGGCUGCUAGCAGGAGCCGGAGGGAGGAAGGGAAGCUGAGCGCACGCUGCCGCCUCUGCUCUGCCUGAUCUUCCCCUUUUGGAACAGUCGUUUUCUUUAAAUGAAAAAUACAAACCCUACAGAGCUGGUUCCCAGCCACGCCACCACAAGAAAAUGUUCGGCCAAGUGGCAGGCGCCGGAUAACUAAUAACUAACCCCAGACUAAAACUUCCCCGCCAGUGGGAUUACAGGUGCAGCACUGCCGCAGGGAGCUCUCCAGGGUGCUGACGUCCCUGCAGUUUCCUCCACAGCUCCUAAAGCUGAACACAUUUCCUUGGCACUCUUUCUGGAUCCUCCAUGACUCGGAAACGUCUGCUCUGGAGGUUGUGAAUGCCUCGUAGUAACAUGGCCAAGGUUAGAUACCUUCGUGCAGCUGUUUCGGGAUUUUAUCUGUGGGAAGCUGCAGUUCUGCUCAGUUUGGUAGCCACAAAGGAGACAGACAGUGCAAGAUCUCGUAGCAUGCCAAUGUCACCAUCUGAUUUCCUGGAUAAAUUAAUGGGUAGGAUGUCAGGCUAUGAUGCAAGGAUCAGACCAAAUUUCAAAGGCCCUCCAGUUAAUGUCACAUGUAACAUAUUUAUAAACAGCUUUGGAUCUAUUGCAGAGACAACCAUGGAUUACCGAGUGAAUAUCUUUCUCCGUCAGAAUUGGAAUGAUCCACGCCUUGCAUAUAGUGAAUAUCCAGAUGACUCUUUGGAUUUAGAUCCAUCCAUGUUGGAUUCUAUUUGGAAACCUGAUUUGUUCUUUGCUAAUGAAAAAGGUGCCAACUUUCAUGAAGUUACGACAGACAACAAGUUGUUACGAAUUUUCAAAAAUGGAAAUGUUCUUUAUUCUAUCAGAUUGACUUUAAUACUGUCCUGUCCAAUGGAUCUCAAAAAUUUCCCAAUGGAUGUGCAAACAUGUAUAAUGCAGCUGGAAAGUUUUGGAUAUACAAUGAACGAUCUCAUUUUUGAAUGGCAAGAAAAGGGAGCUGUACAGGUAGCAGAAGGGCUCACUCUACCACAGUUUCUGUUGAAAGAAGAGAAAGAUUUAUGUUAUUGCACCAAACAUUACAAUACAGGAAAGUUUACAUGCAUUGAAGUCCGAUUCCAUCUUGAAAGGCAAAUGGGUUACUAUCUCAUUCAAAUGUACAUACCGAGUCUCCUGAUUGUCAUUCUCUCCUGGGUGUCGUUUUGGAUCAAUAUGGAUGCAGCACCAGCCAGAGUGGCUUUAGGUAUAACAACUGUACUGACCAUGACAACACAAAGUUCAGGUUCACGAGCAUCACUUCCAAAGGUUUCAUAUGUCAAAGCUAUUGACAUUUGGAUGGCAGUAUGCCUGCUCUUUGUAUUUUCUGCACUUCUGGAGUAUGCAGCUGUAAAUUUUGUGUCAAGGCAGCAUAAAGAGCUUCUGAGAUUCCGCCGGAAGAGGAAGAAGAACAAGGAUGAUGAGGUAAGGGAAAGUCGAUUCAGUUUUACAGCGUAUGGAAUGGGGCCAUGUCUGCAAGCAAAAGAUGGAGUGACUCCAAAGGGGCCAAAUAAUCCCAUUCAAGCUAUACCAAAAAGCCACGAUGAAAUGAGGAAGGUAUUCAUUGACCGAGCCAAGAAAAUUGAUACAAUUUCCAGAGCUUGCUUCCCAUUAGCCUUUCUGAUUUUCAACAUUUUUUAUUGGGUUAUCUAUAAAAUCAUUAGGCAUGAGGACAUUCACCAAUAACAAGAUUAAGGCUUCUAGUACAUAUUGUUUGGGCUGGCAUGUUCAGCAUUUCCAUUAAAAUGUGCAUACAGAUGCUCACUGGGAUAGUUAAAAGGCACAAAGAAAAAGAUCCCAUUAGACUUGCUAUGCAAAGUCACUAUUGGACAGAGGAAGAAUGACACCCAAUGAAGAUAUAUCUGCUAUUACUAAGUUUCUACUUCAUACUAACUAAACAAUCAACUUUUUCAUAGUAAAAUCACAACAUUAUACUACAGCUUUACUGCCAACGUGUUUAUACAUACUUUUACAUUGUGGUAUAAUUGUACAGUAUUCUUUAAAGUUCCUUACAGUUUUUUAAUUCAACUGUAUUUUUAAAAGAUAUUACAAAAUGGGUCUAACAUGUCUUAGAUGGCUCCCAUAGUAACAGAUUAUAUUCAAAUUUCUAACCCUCCUUUAAAGUUUACAAAUUAGUAAUAAACUACUGAUUUGAGUUUUAGAGCUCAAGCACAUUUUCUUGUUUUAAUGACAAUGGGUUUUGUAAUGAGCACAGGACACAUUUAAAUUAUAUUAUGGGGUUCUUUUUUAAAAAAAAAAGAGGAAAAAAUAUAAAAAACUUACUCAUACAAACCAUUUCAUAAAUGGAUUAUGGUUCCCCUGGAGCUUAAAAAUAUGGCAAUGUAAUGCCCAAAGUAGCACCAAAUACCUAUUGCCCAGUCUGAAGUGACCCACUAGUCAAACUUUCUGGUACUAUGCAUAUCACAAUGGGAACAAGUCACUGUUUUUAAAGGAUUGUUGCCCCUAAGUACUUUUAAUUACUUACAAUCACCCUUGGAUAAACUGAAAGAGAAAAUAAAAAUCAAGAGGAUUAAAAGAUGUUUUUCUCAUUAGGUAACUGUUCAGAAACCACAGUAUUUGGGGAGACAAGCCAGACAAUUAAAAAUGACAUCAAAAUAAAUUUCUGUGAAAAGUGACAUUAAAAAAACAAAACAAAAGGGAAAAGUCACUUAGACAAUAUCUAUGAUAAAAUUAACUUUUAUUAACUUUUUGGAAGCCGACUGUGACAACAUUUCUGCACAGAUACUUCCAUUAUCAUCAGUGAAAGUUAGAUAUACAAGUACAUAAAGAUAACCAGGUCAGUCUUUUCUUACUUUGAAUUACUUGUUCAAUGAGAAGAUUCUGACAUGACUUCUUAGACACUGGCAGAAAAUAGUUAGAAAACAUUAAGCAGUUCUUCUUAAAAUAUAUCAGGACAAUCUUUUAUUUUUGCUGCUCUUCAUGGUAAAAGAUAAGAAAUUGAAACUGUUGGAGCAAAUUUUCCCUACUUAGAAUUACAUAGAUUACAUUAAUUGCUUCUUUCAAAUUAUUACACAUUAGAUUUUUUUAAAUGAUAUAAAAACUUCCAGUAAAUAAUGUUGCCACUUCUCUAAUGAAAAGCAAAAAAAAUUGUUCCAAAAUGUGGAAACCUAUAGACAGCUACAGGCAAGAGCAUACCUGAUGCUUUGAACUUGUAAUGAAAUCCAAUAGCUAAAACAAUUUAUUAUUGAAAAGUUUCUUUGUUUUGAGCACAUUUAAAAUUUUUGGUUUGUUACUGCUCAAAGUGCAUACACAAAAGAAAAACAGUUGGAAGCAAACAUCUGCUGCAUUAUUAGAGGCAUAUUGCGUUUGAACUAGUCAUUGCAACAUAUCCUUGUAUUGAAGAUUAGGACACAGCAUUGGUUCUGUUUGAGGAUUAGCUAGAGGGAUUUUUAAAAGAAUGGCAAUCUGGUUGUGCUAAAUUGUCUCAGAAAACAAUUGCAUUGAGGGUCUCUUCAAUUUUGAAUAUGGUCCUAUUUAGGUUUUCUCCCUCCUACCUCCCAUAAUGCACAAAAUUGAUUCAGAACCAUUGUUAUGUGAUAUAAUUUUCACAAAUUUAUAUAUCCUGUCCAGAAAAAUUGAACUCAUUAACUCUUAUAUGUGCCUCUGUGUGCGUAUGUAUUACACACACAAGAGUGAGAAGCUGGACAAGUAGCUUUUGUCUCCCGCAAACUAUUAAAUAUUACAAUCUCUGGAAAGAUUUGUUGGUGCAUUUCAGAGCCCAUGUCAUUCAGUGGUAAAGUGUCCCAUUUAUUUCAAGAGGAGUAAGAUUGGGCCCAUUAUCAUGAGGCAUUCAUAAAAUGUUAUAUAAUUCUCCAUGCUUGUCUUUUAAUCUUUUCUCUUUCCUAUUUAAAACAAUGACCUUCCCCUCCAACACCAAUAAAGGAACUCUGGAUGAAUCAGUAUAUAAAGUGUACUGGGCCAGAUCCUGAGCUGGAAAAAAUACAGUCCCUAGAGCUACACUAGUUUACACCAGCUGAGGAUCUCACCCAUUCUUUCCAAAGAAGUCCAAUAGGCUGAAUCUCAGGUGUACACAAGUUAGUUUUGAAGACAGAGCCGAAUAAUACAAUUACAAAGUUAAACAUUCAAUAGUGGGAGAAUACUAAGAUUUAGAAAUGAGGUUAUCAGAUUAAAAAAAAAGAUGAAAAGUCUUGAGAGCAAGAUAGGAAAUGGAAUAGUUACUAACAGUGUCAAAAUUGUGUGGCGGGACAGAGAAAAAGAGAAGAGCCACAUAAGAUCAAUAAAUUAUCCAUGAACAUCAUCCUCCUCCUUUGAGUGACCAGGGGGAGGGGGGAGAAUCCAUGUAGCAUACUAUUUCUGCAACUACUGUAUGGUAAUCACUAGCAACUACUGUAAACCCAUGAACCUUCAGUAUGAUUGCUUUUUAGACAUCUUAGACAUUUAAUGGAUUAAAAUGAUGUAUAUUUAAUAUGUGACAACAGGCAGCGUAUUACAUUGAUACUAAUGGCAGCCAUGUAUUGAAGGGAGUAUAUACUUUAGAAGAUUGAAAAGUAUUUCUAAAUUUAUAUAUUUAUAGUUCUGUAUGUUAUAUUUUUAAAAGUAGGAGAAAUCUGUUAUUGGAAUGUCUUUGCUUUAGUAAUGGUACUAAGAACAGAAAUGGCUGAGACAGAAGAGACAAGCUACAGUGAUUUAUUUUGUAACUACUAAACAAUCAUCCAGCAAGUUGUGAUUUUUUCUAGUUAACUACUUGGAGUGCAAUCUUGCCCCACUGAAGUCAAUAGGGUCAAGAUUUCUCCCUCGGAAGACAACUCUACAUUUUUUAUGACAUCCUUAUGGUAACAAUUGUCUCUGUAACAGAUGCCUUUUCAAUCAGCUAAGAAACAUUUAUUUCAGCAAAAGGCACUGUUUAAGCUGCAAACUGCUGACUGGCUACUUUAUUUAAAGUAUUCAUAUUCCAUUGAAUGUAAAAAAUCAUGUAAGAUGACAGAAUUGUCAAGUAAGAUUUUAAGUUGUCUCAUGUCACAAAAUACCAGCUACCCAUUAGUGCCUAUGGAAAAAGAGUCCAAAAUACCAGCAGGCAUGCCAACCAACCACACAAAUCCAGGAACAAUCUCUCAGAGCCAGGGGCUUAUCAGCUAGGACGAUCUUAGUCUUAAAACUGAUUCUUUUUAUACUGAUAUAGUGCCAGAGUGGACUAUAGAGAGGGGGUGACAAAACAGCAAAACACACCUUCCCUACACCCAUGGCAAACCAAUGCUGGGAAAAACUUUAAAUAUUAAGGAAAAGAUUGGGAUAUGUAUGCCACAGGUGUGGGUAGGGGGCAGUACAGAGUCAGAGGAAGAGUAGUGAGGAGAUUCCUGCCGAGUUCUGAUAAACUGUUUUCCUAUGCACAAAAAUCUUCAUGGAUUUCAAAAUUAUGUUCUGAUAUGGGACAGGAAAAAGUUAAAUAUUGAAAAGUGUUCAGGAACCAACCUCCCCCCAGUAAAAUAAAUUUAAAAAAUCAGUUCAGGUCAGCUGAAAUAUUUUGAUGAUUUCAAGAUGUUUUGUUUCCAUUUUGACCAUUUAAAAACUGUAAUUAGCUGAAUGAAAAAAGUCAUUUCAAUGGUGAAACUGGAAGUUUUCCUUUCUAAAAGUUUAAAUGUUUCAUUUUGAUAUAUUUCAAGAAAAAAAAUUGGAUUUUUUUUCAAGUUGAGAAACUGAACCUUUCCCAUGAAAAGUUUCAGCUUUGAUGAAUCAGCACUUUCAGGCCAAAACAAAAGUUUCAUUGAAAAAUUCCCCAACCAGCCCUAGUUGUUAUGCCUCAGGCAAAGCUUCUCCUUUCCCCAGAGAUGUUAAUCUGCUGCCCCCAGUGCACUGGCUGUCAUGUCCCUGUGCCCUCCAGAGUGCCAGGACUGCUAACGUAAGAGGCCUUUGGCUAACCACUCAAGGACAGCAGGCUUCUUGCCCACAUAAAGCCCUGUCCCUUCUACACUGUUUGCAAGUCAGCUUGUGUACUCCUACUUUCUGUGGUUGUGCCAUGUAACUUUAAGAUAGAGGGCCAAAGUAGUGCAUUGAGACAAGAGAAAUAAUUUGGGGCCCAAUGUGCCAGACUAGUUACACAGGUAGAAAGAAAUCCAUUCUCAUUGAACUGAUGGAGGCAUAAUGGAAAAGGAAGCGGUGAUCAUGUAGCAUGCUUCUCAUGUUCCACAGUGGCACAGGAUCUCCUCCAUGCAUUUGGAGUGCAAUGUGUUGGGGCAAACUACUGACCUUAGAAUAGAUGCUGUAUUCUACAUAUUCACCUUUUAAAUGGCAGAUUCCCAUGAAGAAGUAAAGAGAAUUUAGGCUGCUUAGACUCCAGAGGAAGAGGGAUAAGGCAGAAAUGCAGGAAGAGGAGCCUAUGGCUGCACAGCUCAGAAGCACUAAGCCAAAGGGUGGGGAAGGACAGAAAACAGUGUAGCAGAAAGAUCUUGUUCCUUAGGUGGUUGCCCUGAGAUGCACAAUCUUGGAACCUGCUUUCUUCAGGGGUUUGAAGACUGGAGUUUCCAGACCACAACACCUGUUAAAACCCUCCAUUCUUGAGAAAAAAUGAGAGGAAGCACUAUGAGAUCUGUGUAUCAUUGUAUUCAAACAGCUACAGGCCUCCUCCUUUUUUAAACAGCUAACUCAUAGUUAAGGUGCUAAUUGAAUCACAAGAUGAUCUUCAAAAUAAAGUUGCCACUGAGUUGUGGACAAGACGUGGAAAAGUAAUAAUGGCUAGUGGUAAUUUGGAAAAGCCAGAUUAGACAUAUUUAAUAAAAAAAUUGCUGGAACAAUAUAAAACACUCAAGUAUUAUAUUAUGGCAGCUAUUUUUUAAAAUAUAUAUAACCAGACCUUUUGCUGUAACUAUAUUACAUUCAUUUUUUUAAAAAAAUGACUGGAACAGUAUAAAAUUCAGAAGACAAAGUCUUACACAACUGCUGUAGAAAUCAAGUCCAGUCACUUUAGCCUUUUACAUUUUAUAGGCACUGAAUGUUAGAGCAGUACUAAUUACAUACUCAAAAUGUAUACAAAAUUGUGGAGUGUUCAAACCAAGCUAAUUAAAAUCAAAAUUGCAGUAAAAGCCUAGUAUUGCAGGAUCUGCAAUUUCUGCAAUAUCACAAAUGUGGGGCCUCACUCCGUUAAAUUCCUCAGUGUAGCAGCUUAGAAUAUGGUUAAAUGCCACAUGUUGGCACAAAUGAAAUCUAAACAAAGCAAACCUCAUGUUGGUUUUAAUAGUUACUUCCAAUAAGAAAACAUUAGUGUUCAUAAUUUCCUGAUGUUUCUAAGAUGGGGGGCAAAAGAAGAAAAUAGAGUCCUUUUUAUUUAUGUUACCUAUUCAAGGGCAGAUUUAAACUAACUCAUUGCUAUCACCAUAUUGUAUCUUCAAGGAACCUUGACAGAAGGCACCAGUUUUUUAAAUGUGUUGGUAGAAGUCAGAAACAACUUUGUUUUUUUCUUUUGUCCUAGAUCAGCCGAAUAUAGUCUCUCUCUGAAUUCUCUGACAUGUUGGCCAUCUCUUAGCUCUCUGCUUCUCUCUUUUGUAAUUUUUGCAGCACCUUUCUUGUAGGCUGCUUUAAGAGGAGUCCAGUUUAAAAUAUAGAUAUGCUUCUGUUUAAGCAAUUCAGAUAUGCACUUUAGACUGCAGGAAUGAAGAAAUGCUUCCACUUUGUACCAUGGUAAAUUCCAGAACUACUGUUGGAUAAUGUAGUUGAAACCAAGAUUAAAAGAGUAAAACUCAUACACAGUUCAGAACAGCGAAAGAUAAAAAGUCUUCCUUAACCCUAGAAGGAUUCAAAUGUAUUCUUUCUAGCAAUAAUUUUGUAGUAGAUGAAAAUGAGUUCAUAUGAUAACAAGCCCAAUUAACUUGUUGGAUGCAAGAAAGUGAUGCACUUAGUAUUUACAUUUAGCACUUAUUGGCCCUUUAUGUGUAAAUUCUGCUCUCAUGUAGACUAUCGUAGGAGUUAAUCUGAUCUAACAGAGCAGAAUUUGGCCUUAUACCUCUAAAGUGCUGAACAAUCUAAUGAAGUCUUACAAUACCCCUGUAAAUUAGCAAAGUAUUUUUAUCUACAUCUUACAAGAUGCCACAUGAUUUAUAAAGAUAAUUAUGUCAGACAAGCAUAACAUUUUUUAAAAGGCUAAGAUGAAAAAUAUAUUUUAAAAAAAUCACAAAUUAAAUGGCUUGUUAACAAGAAGUAGAUUUUUCAUUUUGCAAUAGUUAUAGAAAUGGUGCCUUCAGGCAACGCGUUACAUACAGUAGUUCCUGAAAUAAUAUUGGUACGGCAGGCUUGUGAAAGCAGGUUAGAUUGCUAGAAGCAGUAAGUGUAAUGCUAGAAGAGAGUGUCAGCUCAUCCUACAUUCUUGACAUGCUUGAAUAUUAUUGCACUCUUCACUUUCGUCUUUGUGAAAUAUGCAAGAGACAUUUCUUACAUUUGUAUUUUAAAAUGUAUGAUAGAAUGAAGUUAAUAGAUAAAUGGUCUAAAGUAAAUAUUGACAUUCCAUGGAUAUGUAAUUGUGAGCUGUAUAUGAAGAAAUUGUGCCAUAAGCUUUCAACAUAAAAUAUUAUAUACAGUAGCUUGUGUGAUAGUGAUCAAAGCUUUUUUAAGAGGCUAAAUCAAUAUAUAUUAAUAUGAGUAAUUAAUUACUUGUCAAUUUUUAAACAUAUCUUCCUGUGAAUUCUGUCUAAAAAAAGACAAUGGCAAUUUUCAUUUAGAAGUAUUUCUUUUUUGUAAAGUUCUAUAAAAAAGUGACAUGCAUGAAUUUGAUUAAAUUCCUUUGUAUUAUAAAUACCUUAUAUUCAGCACUACAGCUGACAGAGGUGUUAAAACAUGUGCAGUUUAUGGUAUUCAUGUGAUUGUAGAUAUUUUGUUCAAAAAAAAAAAUAAAGCUAACUUUU